CAACCGUCUCCUGGAUUUGCGCCAUCGCCCCUCGCAGCACAGAUGGAGGAAAAGGCCCCUCUCAAGGCGUCAAAUAUCGCAGAGGAGCAUUUCAGAAAAGAGUUGAAGCUACACCAUGAACCUUCAGGAGUUGGUUACACAGACACAGUGGUCAUCCUCCACGAUCAGUGCUACGGCCACAGGUUCUCGCGCUCUGGCAAAGAAGACCUGAUGACUAUCGUCGAGCGUCCAGAGCGACUGCUAGCUACGGCACUGGGAGUUUCGGUCGCCUAUGUCAGACUCGGAGGCCGUCAUGCAGAGGGACAACAUCCACCGCACCCCGACCGCGACCCGAGCGAGAAUAUCCCCUUCAAGAUCCGCAAGACAGCCCGCUCUGUCGACAUUACCUCAGCUGUCGUCAAGAAUGUGCAUGGCACGGACUGGAUGGAAGAGUUGAAGGCAAUGUGCGACACUGCCGAGAAAAAGUUGGCUGCUAAUGGGAAAGAUCGGGAGCUGGCUAGAAUCGACGGCCCCAAGACCUCGAAGGCCAAGAAGCAGAGUUUCCAUCCUGGUGAUCUUUAUCUCUGCUCCGAGUCUCUGAACGCCCUUCAAGGUGCUCUGGGAGGGGUCUUCGAGGGAGUGGACGCAGUGUUCCUAGGCACUCAGUCAGGAACAGGACCGUCCCGCGCCUUUGUCACUGUACGUCCGCCAGGCCAUCACUGCUCUGCGGAUUUCCCAUCUGGCUUCUGCUGGCUCAACAAUGUCCACGUGGGCAUCGAGCACGCCGUAAUCACCCACGGCUUGACCCACGCCGCGAUUAUCGACUUUGAUCUGCACCAUGGUGAUGGAUCCCAAGACAUCACCUGGUCCCGCAACGCCAAAAUCUCGAAGUUGCCUAAGAAUGCACCAGUCUCCAAGCGGACCGCCAUUGGUUACUUCAGUUUGCACGACAUCAACUCAUAUCCUUGCGAGGACGGAGAUGAGGAGAAGGUCCAGAACGCGAGUCUUUGCAUAGAAAAUGCGCACGAUCAGACCAUCUGGAAUGUUCAUCUUCAGCCCUGGCGAACACAGGCCGAGUUCUGGGAGUUGUACGAGGCCCGAUACCAGGUUCUUAUUGAGAAGGCUCGCGUCUUUUUGAAGCACCACACAGCCCGUAUUCGUGGUGUACCAAAGAGCGCACUUCAACCCAAAGCCGCUAUUUUUCUGUCUGCCGGAUUUGAUGCCAGCGAGCACGAGAGCCAGGGUAUGCAGCGACACAAAGUCAAUGUGCCAACCGAAUUUUAUGCUCGUUUCACGCGAGACGUCGUCAAGAUGGCCCAAGACGAAGAGACUGGCACUGAGGGACGUAUCGUUUCUGUACUUGAAGGAGGAUAUUCGGACCGCGCGUUGUGCAGUGGGGUACUCAGCCAUCUUAGCGGACUCUGCGAUAAUCAGGCAGCUACCUCCCGACAGCGCAUGACCAACAAUGGAUUGGGCUACGAGAUGAGCCAGCGGAUGGGCAAUAUGGGCCUGCAAAAGGAGGACAUUCCAAUGCUAAGCACAGAACCAAACUACGAUCCGUCUUGGUGGAAUGUAGACAAUCUCGAAUGGCUCGAAGCUUCGGUGAACCCACCGCCUCCUAUUCCUCCUAGGAAACCUAGGACUGGCGCCCCUCCGACUUUUUACUCGCCUACCGCGUCUUUCAGUGCGAAAGUUGUCGACCCUACGAAAGUCCAUCGGAGCGUUUCUGGCUCCAGCAAAUUCAUGUCUGCUAGUCCGUCGCGUGCUCCUACUCCGCCACCGCCGGAAGUUGAAUGGAUCACUGCUGCUCACGAACUGAGCAAGCUGCUCAUUCCUACGGAUAGACAGACAAAGAGCUGUACUGUAGAGGAUCUUGAGAAUCCUCGCGCCAAGCAAGAGAGACAGUCUAUCGCGCCAGCUACCCUUGCUGCAGAAUCGGUUGCUAGUGGUCGACAACUGCGAGGCAGAAAGGCCAAGGCCACGGCUUAUGCAGAAGCCUCCUCUGAUGCAGAGCACUCCUCGCAGGCUGUGUCCAAGUCCGAUCGCCGGAAGACGAUGGCAGACUUUACACCAGCCCGAGCGCAAACAGUAGCUUUACCGCGAGUUGCAUCGAGGCGUCUGAGUGUGGCAUCGAGCAUUGGUUCGGCGAAUGGAGAUCUGGCUGCUAGUGGGUCUAGUAAGAUUGCCCUACCACGGAAGUCUAGUGUCACACCGGCCCCAUCUUCGAGUGGAGCGGCAGUCCGCAAGGCGAGAGCCCCAUCUCAAGUGCCCUCUGAGACUGCGAGGUCCCGUACGAUGAAAGCCGAGCCGCCAGUGCCUAGGGUUCCUUCGGGCUACCUGAAGGCGCCGGAAAAGGAGAACGAUAUUGAUCAGAUCACGUCCGGACUUCAGCGCGUCAAGUUGAGGAUGCCCACCAAGGAGGAGCACGAUGCGAAGGAAAAGCAACACAAGGCGGAUCUGGAGAAGCGUGAUGAGCUGAAAGAAUCAAGGGCAAAGACAGCACAGAAGGCCUCUGUACGCAAGCCCGCGACCAUCCGCACCAAGUCGGCUACAUCCGUGAAAACGACGACAACUCGCCAGCCCGUUACGAAGGGUGCUGCGGUGCCUGCGACGCCUCCAGAGGCUCUCGCUCCGCCAGAGCUACCGCAACCCGUUGCCCUGCUCCAAGACGUUCCCUCUAUCACAGCAGUUUCAAGGUCGAUCAGUGACCCGAUCCAACCCCCGACGGCCCCGAUGAACCUCGACAUCGGGCCCAAUCAGUUGCCCAAGAACAACUUCACUGCAGUCGCCGAGCCGAUCUCUCUGACUACGUCUCCUCCACGCCCAGACACGCCGCCCCCUCCGCCACCGCCGAGCCUACCGCAGUUCAACGAGUUCAUCCCGUACACGCACCCGUCGCAGCAGCAUCCAGAGGAGGCUCUGAAGACAGCUCUGACGCACGCUCAGCCGCAGCAGCUCCAAUGGCAGCCCCCGAACUCGGAUCUGGGUCUCCCGAAACUGUCGGCUCAAGCACACCAUGCGGUGGUCAAGAAACAGCUGCCGGUCCUCUCAGCGAAUGGAGCGAUCCCGUUU